UGAGACGACGCCCGCCGCCAUUGCAUUCAAGCAGUGAACGUAUCGUUGUGAGCAGCGUUUGUGUUUUCUAGUAUAGUUUUGUAAUAUUUUAUAUAAAUAAAAAUGAGGGAAAUCGUACACAUCCAAGCCGGCCAAUGCGGUAACCAGAUUGGAGCGAAGUUCUGGGAAAUUAUCUCCGACGAACACGGCAUCGACCCCACCGGAGCUUACCACGGAGACUCGGAUCUCCAGCUGGAGAGGAUAAACGUAUAUUACAAUGAAGCUUCGGGAGGCAAAUACGUACCGCGUGCCAUCCUGGUCGAUUUGGAACCCGGCACCAUGGACUCCGUCCGAUCGGGUCCGUUCGGACAGAUUUUCAGGCCAGACAAUUUCGUAUUCGGACAGUCCGGAGCCGGCAACAACUGGGCCAAGGGACACUACACCGAAGGCGCGGAACUAGUCGACUCAGUUCUAGACGUAGUGAGAAAAGAGGCGGAAUCUUGCGACUGUUUGCAAGGUUUCCAAUUGACCCAUUCGCUUGGCGGCGGCACCGGAUCUGGCAUGGGCACACUCCUCAUCUCUAAAAUCCGGGAGGAGUAUCCCGACAGGAUAAUGAACACCUAUUCCGUGGUCCCCUCACCCAAAGUAUCGGACACCGUCGUCGAACCGUACAACGCCACCCUAUCGGUCCAUCAACUAGUGGAAAACACGGACGAAACCUACUGUAUCGAUAACGAAGCUCUCUACGACAUUUGCUUUAGGACCCUCAAACUGACCACCCCCACUUACGGAGACUUGAACCAUCUAGUAUCGCUGACGAUGUCUGGGGUCACGACGUGUUUGAGAUUCCCUGGUCAGCUGAAUGCCGAUUUGAGGAAACUGGCUGUUAACAUGGUACCCUUCCCACGUCUUCACUUCUUCAUGCCCGGUUUCGCGCCUCUCACGUCCAGAGGAAGCCAGCAAUACAGAGCUCUGACCGUACCUGAACUCACUCAACAAAUGUUCGAUGCCAAGAACAUGAUGGCGGCGUGCGAUCCCAGACACGGACGCUACCUCACGGUCGCGGCAGUUUUCAGAGGACGAAUGUCAAUGAAGGAAGUGGACGAGCAAAUGCUCAACAUACAGAACAAGAACAGCAGCUACUUCGUCGAAUGGAUCCCGAACAACGUCAAGACCGCCGUUUGCGACAUCCCGCCCAGAGGAUUAAAGAUGUCUGCCACGUUUAUCGGCAACUCUACCGCCAUCCAAGAAUUGUUUAAACGUAUCUCCGAACAGUUUACCGCCAUGUUCAGGCGCAAGGCUUUCUUGCAUUGGUACACCGGCGAGGGUAUGGACGAGAUGGAAUUCACGGAAGCCGAAUCCAACAUGAACGAUUUGGUGUCGGAAUACCAGCAGUACCAGGAAGCAACGGCGGACGAAGACGCCGACUUCGACGAAGACCAAGAGGCGGAAGUCGACGAGAAUUAAGUUCCGACCCGGCCCAUAUCCCCCCCCCCCAGAUUUUUUUUUUGGAAAUUUUUGUACCGCGUUCGCAUGUUUGUUUUUUUUUUUUGUACUUUUCUCUUCGACAUUCCUUCACUUAUUUCGAAUACAUAAUUUAUUACGAAGACUGACUUGGUUGCCUUUCGAUGUUUCGCGUUCUUACGUCGUCGUCC